UAAAUUCUAAAGAUAGAAAAUCUUGAGGGCUACAUACGAAACUCCAUAAUUCUCGUUAUAGAGAAGUGAUUUCUACGGGUGUGAUAAUUUUAUGGUCGAAAUUAGCCUAAGAUUCUUUGUAAUAAAAGGGCAAUUCUUAGCUCCACAAGAAAAUAUGUAAGAAACGUUUUAGAUCUAAGCAUUCUCUAAGAAAACAAAGUCAAACCCAAAAUCUCAUAAAGAAUAAUGGGAGAAACAGAAGAGAAAGUGAAGAACCAUGGUGAUAAUAAAGAAGAGGAACACAACAAAGUUGAGAAAACAGAGAAGAAGGAGAAGAAGGAUAAAGAUAAGAAGGAUAAGCACGAGGACGAUAAAAAUGGCGGAGGAGAAGAAGGAGAAGACCAAGAAAAGAAGAGCAAGAAGAAAGAUAAGAAGGCGAAGAAAGAGAAGAACCCUGAAGAUAAGAAAGAUCCUCAGAAGUUGAAGACGAAGCUUCAGAAGAUUGAAGACAAGAUUCAAGCUAUGGUCUUCAAGAAAGAUGAGAUUCUGAAGCUUAUUCAUGAGGCUGAACAAGCUAAGCCUAGUACUGCUGCUGUAGAUGCACCACCAGCAACUAACUAACUGAUUUCAAACACGAAAUAUAAACUACGUACAAUAAGUUAAACUAAUAAAUUUAUGUCAAUAACAAAUGCUGAUGGAUGUUGAUAUCAGCAUAGCUUGGCUUGCUAUAGGUUUUUUUUCUGGGUUUGUUACCAAUCAGAGUUUGCUUGUUAAUUAAAUAUGUGUUGUAAAUUGUACAAAAACUAUAUGUUUUGAAUAUAAGACUCUUCAGCUUUGUAUAUGUAAUUCUUCUGAUCUAAUACCACAUU